UGAAUCUAUGAUGUAUUUAUAUAAACUCUUUAGGUGAACAGUGGAUUUUUUUGAAAAGGUGCAGACUCAGCUAUGGAACAUUUUUGACCAUUUUUCUGACAGUAUGGGCGGAUGCGCUUUCCAUCCUGCAUCUCUGCGGCUCCAGGUGCAGAGUCCCGCCCCCGUUCUGCAAUGUGACGCGAGGCUCACUCAAAGCGUCGGAGAAAGGGUUGGAAGGCGGCUUGAAUAGUCAUCCAGUCCGAGGUGCGCAUGCGCGGCGCUGCAGCGAUGUUUCCGCUUUGAGUGGAAAAGGGGAGGUAGAGAGAGGGAUUUGGAGACGCAGCAGGACGCCGAGUCUGGAAAGAUUAAAGGGACACCCCGCAAACGCUCACGCAAAAAACUUCCAACGUUCAAGUCCAGCCAUGGAGGAUAUGGUGACAAGCAGUUAAAAUGUGAGCUGUAAAGAGACGGGCUGCAAAAACGAGCGAGAGCGGUUAUUUCCCCUCAUCGUUCACGGGUGAUCUCGAGUCCCUCCGUGUCGCGCGCACCGGGGGAAAAUGAAGAAGUUUAAUAUCCGUAAGGUGCUGGACGGUUUGACGGCCGUGUCGUCUCCCACUCCAUCUCCUCACCCCGGGGCCAAGGAGAACGAUCUUAUCCCGGAGACGAUCCAGUCUGAACACUUUCAGCUCUGUAAGACCGUACGCCAUGGCUUCCCCUACCAGCCUUCCUCUAUGGCAUUCGACCCCGUCCAGAAGAUUUUGGCCAUUGGGACUCAGAGCGGAGCUUUACGAUUAUUUGGCCGACCCGGUGUGGAGUGUUACUGUCAGCAUGAGAGCGGAGCAGCCGUCAUCCAGCUACAGUUUCUCAUAAAUGAGGGGGCGCUGGUGAGUGCUUUGGCCGAUGAUAGUAUUCACCUGUGGAACCUGCGGCAGAAGAGACCAGCUGUACUGCACUCACUCAAGUUCAACAAGGAGAGGAUAACAUUCUGUCAUCUGCCCUUCCAAAGUAAAUGGCUGUAUAUCGGCUCAGAACGAGGAAACAUCCACAUUGUUAAUGUGGAGUCAUUUACCCUCUCAGGAUAUACUAUCAUGUGGAACAAAGCCAUUGAACUGUCCUCCAAGGCCCACCCUGGCCCAGUGGUUCACAUUAGUGACAAUCCUAUGGAUGAGGGCAAGCUCAUAAUAGGAUUUGAGUCUGGGAUCGUAGUGCUGUGGGAUUUGAAAUCAAAAAGAGCUGAGUCCCGCUACACUUACGAUGAGGCGAUCCAUUCUGUGGCCUGGCAUCACGAAGGAAAGCAGUUUAUCUGUAGUCACUCAGACGGCACGCUGACCAUAUGGAAUAUAAAGUCGCCGGCCAAGCCUGCACAGACAAUCACGCCACACGGAAAGCAGCCUAAAGAUGGAAAAAAGCCAGAACCUUGCAAACCCAUUCUUAAAGUAGAGUAUAAGACCACAAGAGCAGGGGAUCCAUUUAUGAUAUUCUCUGGUGGUUUGUCAUACGAUACCGUCGGUCGACGGCCGUGUUUGACAGUAAUGCACGGAAAGAGCACGGCAGUACUGGAGAUGGACUAUCCCAUUGUAGAUUUUCUCACCUUGUGUGAAACGCCAUAUCCUAGCGAUUUUCAGGAACCGUACGCUGUUGUGGUUCUUCUGGAGAAGGAUUUAGUUGUUAUUGACCUCGCACAAAACGGUUAUCCUAUCUUUGAAAACCCAUACCCCAUGACGAUUCAUGAGUCCCCCGUGACGUGCUGUGAGUACUUAGCCGAUUGUCCUGUGGACCUCAUACCUGCACUUUAUUCUGUUGGGUCUCGCCAGAAACGACAGGGCUACAGCAAAAAGGAAUGGCCUAUCUGUGGAGGAAACUGGGGCCUGGGCACACAAAGCUACCCUGAAAUAAUAAUAACUGGGCAUGCAGAUGGUUCAGUGAAGUUUUGGGAUGCCUCAGCAAUAAUGCUCCAGGUGCUGUAUAAACUAAAGACAGCCAAAGUGUUUGAGAAGGUGCGAUGUAAAGAGGACAAACCCAGCACAGAGAUCGUGGAUGAGGAUCCGUUCGCCAUUCAGUUGAUGUCUUGGUGUCCCGAGAGUCGUAUGCUUUGUGUUGCUGGUGUCUCGGCUCACAUUAUUAUAUACAGAUUCAGCAAACAGGAAAUCACCACAGAGGUUGUGCAGUUACUAGAGGUUAGAUUACAGUACGAGUUAAAUGAUCUGGAGUCUCCAGACAUGGGCGGAGAUCAGACACCAGCUCAUCACACUCCAAGCACCUCCCCCAGUCCACAAAACGCCACCCCUCAGACACACCCUUCAACUAGCAGCAACUCUUCCGAUGGGAUGAGAGACAACAUCCCCUGUCUCAAGGUACGCAGCAGUCCUCUGAAACAGUCUCCUGGAUAUCAGGUGGAGCUGGUGGUACAGCUGGUGUGGGUCAGUGGAGAGCCGCCCCAGCAGAUCAGCAGCCUGGCCAUCAAUUCCAGCUACGGCUUGGUGGUGUUUGGUAAUAGUAAUGGUCUGGCAGUAGUGGAUUACUUACAGAAGACAGUUCUGUUAAAUAUGGGAAUUAUGGAGUUGUAUGGCUCUAGUGACCCCUACCAGAGACAACCACGAUCUCCUCGCAAGAGCCGGCAACCUUCAGGAGGGCUGUGUGACAUAAAUGAAGGCUCAGCCACUUCAGAAGACCGCUGUAAAUCCCCCACCUCAGUCUUGAUGUCAAACCAUCAGCAGUUCUACAAUGGAGGAGGGAGAGGAGCAAAGAUGUCACGGAAAUUAAGCUUGCCUACUGAGCUAAAGCCAGACUUGGUCCUACUCUCUGUAUGUCCCCCGCGGAAUGCCGUACCCCUAGACAACAGGGACAACUCCUUCAGCCGCUCGCGGAGCUCCAGCGUUACCAGCAUCGACAAAGAAUCACGAGAGGCCAUCACCUGCUUUUAUUUCUGCGAGACAUACACACGCAAAGUAGACGGCGGCCUUACGCCUAGUUUGUGGGUUGGCACCUCCUUGGGCACGCUGUUGGCCAUCUCUCUCAACAUGCCCCCUGCUGGAGAACAGAGACUUCUGCAGCCAGUCAUCGUCUUCCCUAGCGGCACUUUUAUCAGGUUGAAAGGUGGCAUCCUUCGGAUGGCCUUCCUGGAUUCUACAGGGUCUCUCCUCCCUCCUGCUUUGGAGCCGUGGUACGAAACCAACGCCCCUGCCAACGGAAAAGAAAGGGACAAGGUUCGUAAGAGACGGGCAGUGUCUGUCUCCCCAUCCGCAUCCCAGGAGCUGAACGAAAACCAGUAUGCUGUGGUGUGCUCUGAGAAACAGGCCAAAGUGAUCACCCUACCCUCUCAGAACUGCGCAUUUAAACACAACAUCACCGAAACGUCCUUCGUUCUGCGGGCAGAUGUGGUACAGAUAAACGCUGGCAUUUGUCUGGCCUGCUUUUGUGCCAAUGGACACAUCAUGACCCUCAGUCUGCCAGGGUUGAGACCGCUGCUGGAUGUAAAUUACUUGCCACUGACAGAUAUGCGGAUAGCGAGAACGUUCUGCUUCACCAACCUCGGCCAGGCCUUGUACUUGACCUCACCUACUGAGAUUCAGAGGAUCACUUACUGUCAGGAGGUCUGCGAGAACCUACAGGAGAUGCUAGGGGAGCUGUUCACUCCGGUGGAGACGCCUGAAGCUCCUAACAGGGGAUUUUUUAAGGGUCUCUUCGGAGUAGGAGCACAGUCUCUAGACAGAGAGGAACUAUUCGGAGAAACAGGGGCCGGAAGACCAUCUCGCAGUCUUGCUCAGCACAUUCCAGGUCCUGGAGGUAUAGAAGGCAUGAAGGGGGCAGCGUCUGGCAUCGUGGGUGAUCUGGCUCGAGCUCGGAUAGCACUGGAUGAGAGAGGACAGAAACUUGGCGAUGUGGAAGAGCGAACAGCAGCCAUGAUGGCCAGCGCUGACUCAUUCUCCAAACACGCACAUGAGAUGAUGCUGAAGUGUAAGGAUAAGAAAUGGUACCAAUUCUGAUCUCCAGAAAACCGCAGAGCCCAGCAGGACUCAGGAGUUCCUUUACACAGCCUUGUUCAUCUCUCUUCUGUGUCCCAUUCCCUGUCUUCAACUCUCCUCUGCUGGACCAGUGGGAUCCUUCGCUCUUUCCUAGCACAAUAUUACAUACGGUCUGCUCACAGAACUGAGGCACAGACUGAGAGAGACCCCAGUUUAAGGAACACCAUACCAUGACUGUGUCUACUCUUCUGUUUUCAUUUGUUCGUUUAAUAUUGCCAAUCCUUUCUCAUGGCGGCUUCGCAGGCCAUGAAACUCCAUUUCUUCUCUCAGUCUUUGAAUUGUUUUUGUGCUGUUGUUGGAGAGCAGUACUUAGACAAAAAAGACAAAUAAACUUAACAAACAAACAAAAAAAUACAACAAGUAAAAAACAAACACCAUAAAAAAAAUUUAAAAGUGGAAACACGCAUAAUUCUAUAUAAAUCUCCAUUAAAGUCUGUUUAUUGCCAUAUUUGCUAUGGACUGUCAAAAGGAAAACGGAAAUAUGAAGACACUGGGUGAAGAAUGGAAAGAUUCUUUAUUCACACGAAAUGAUGUCGUAACAUAAAAAAAACUUUUCGGAAGAAGAGACAUCAUCCCUUCUCCUAAAAUGUACUCAAUAUAUUUGUGUAAAAUCACUUUUUCUUAAAUUAUCUCAGUUUAUUUCAUUCCUAUUUAAAUAUUUUAUUUAUUUAUUUAUUUAUUUAUUUAUUAGCAAAGUACUAGAUCUUAAAAUAAUUCAAAUGCUUUUUGGGUGAUAUUUUUAAUUAUUGUGAAUACAAUAAUGCUUUACAUUAAAGUACCAUCUACAGAUGGUUAUAUAUGCCUGAAAGAUAAGCCAGAGGUAGAAAUGAGGCCUCUACAUGGAAAAUAAAUGGAAUUGUAAAUUAACUAUUUAGAAACCAAGCAUGGGGGUUUAUUCAUGGUAUUUUCAUGUGAUACAUUAUACAGAUGUGUCAACGUUUUAUGAAACUCAGCACAGAAAAUAUCUGGUCUCGGCAGAGUUGUGAAAGGAGGCAAAUGUGAAGGGUUUGCUCACCCAAAAGUACAAAUUUUGUCAUUAUUUACUCACCCUUGUUUCAUUCAAACACCUGUAGUUUGUUCAUUACUCGAAACCAAACCGAGCCUUUUUAAAAACGAUUGUUUUUUUGUGCUUACAAGCCAAGGAAGUGGUUUGUGACUACCUCGUCUCAAGCUGCAAAAUAAAUCCAUGUGAAUUCUUCGCAAGAAAUGUAAUUUUAAAUGAUGUGUAUCAACCACAACAUACAGUAUCAGCAAUAUCCACAUGAAACUAUAGAAGUGCACAGAAAAUAAAGGUGCUUCAAAAUGCCAUUCAAGAACCAUUUCUGGUUCUCUAUCCAACCUUUAACAUCCAAAUAAUUUUUCUGUAUAAAAAAGGUCUGUAUAGAAAUGGUUAUUUGAAGAACCCUUGACUAAAUGGCAUUGCUGUGAAAAACUUUGCUGUGAAAUUUUUUUAAGCACCUUUAUUUUUAAGAGUGAAUUCCAUUGGUCAAGACUGUUUGUGUUCAUUUUAAAUAAUAAAGAAAACCAUUGAGGGUUUGGAUGAGCAAAUAUUGACCAAAUGUUCAUUUUUGGGUGAACCAACCAUAAAAAAAAAACGUAUCUAUCAGUCAUUGAAUGGAGACAGCCAUAUAGAUUUCAAUAGCUUGAACAUUUGUUGUUAUUUUAAGACUGAAAAUAAAGGUAUUGCCUCUGGGAUUUGAUUUUGGCCAUUAGACAAGUUUUCUAUUUAUCCAUACUGUAUAGACUAAACAACAUUAACAUAGACACUAGUUUACCAUGUAGAGAUUGUGCUUCAGUAAAUAUUUGGCUGAGUUUGUAGUACACAUUUCAUUUGUCAAAUUAUAAAAGCACUUAAUAUUUGGAAAUGGCUCUGUCAUACAUGUUUUCUUCAAAAUCACUUUACCACACAAAUCUGUUAAAAUCGGACUUAUCUGUGGUGACUAGAGCAAGAAACAGGGCAUAAGGUUUUCACUGACUUUGGAACGUCAUUCAUAGUUUGUGUCAUAGUAAUAUUAAUGAAACAAGCUAUAAUAUUAUCAUCGUUCUUAGAGUGAUUUUUCAUGGGUAGUACAGAUAAUGAGUUUGGCUGUUUGUCUCCCGUGCUAUAGAUUAAUAUGUAUAUGCCAUACAGUAUGUUUUCAACAACAUCACCAUACUGUCUACAUCUGUGAAAGCACCUUUGUUCACUUACAAAAGGAGCUAGCUGUACAUUCAGUACCAGAAAUAAGAAAGUAAGGCGAAUCACAGUGUACGAUAAUGUCCGUUCUCCCUUGAAACCACACUUUAGUGCCAUUAUAUAAUUAUAUUUUGUGGUUUGCAAGAAAUGCUGCUAUAUAUGUUGCAUUGACUCACGUGACCCAUUUUCAUUUAAGGAAUUAAUAUUGAUGUAUUGACCAUUGAUUCUCACUUGCCUCUCUGCCCAAAGUUAUUGCCAUUCUGUGAAUGAAGUAGUUUGACAAUCUGGGACCAUAAAUCGAGAGUGGAAGUUGCCAUACUGACCCUAUAAGACAGUUGCCAUAUCUUUUCAAACGCCAAAGAUUUUCUUUCAUUGAGUUGCAUAUUCCACUGACUGUGAAAGCUAUAUGUGUCUGCAUAUUCCACCAGUAAAAGUGUUGAGGACUGUCCUAAUGUUUUUGGCUGUGUGCUACCAUUAAAAGUGGAGUCUGCCUUUUGUGUGUUUCGUAUGCCGUAUUUCAACAAAAAUGUGGGGGGAAAAGAAUUACAAGCAAAUUAAGCCAAUCUCUCUCAGACUAUAAAUGUUUCUCUGUGUUGGACUCUGUGUAGAUGUGUUUUCAUGCCAUGGUGUAAUAGUAAUUCUGAAUACCGGGUUUGUUUAUGAAUAUCCCGCUCAUGUCAUUUCUCCUUAUUAAGUAAUUCAAUUAUAUUUGUAAAAUGUGUAUUUUUCUCUGCAGUACUGUAUUUCCCUGAAUAGAUAUCAUUGUCAUAUUUUUAAUCAUCAAUUAUUAAAAAAUUAUUUUUAUAUAUGCUUUGGGUAGGAAGUAUUCUGAGCUCAUUCACACGGAUUAUACAGUACGUGUGCGGUGUUACUUGUUGCCAUAUCUUUGUUUUCUGUUGUGUGGUCUGUUUGUUCUUGCCAUAAUUGACAGGGUGAUUUUGACUUUAAAUCGAGUGAGUGUGCAUUCCUUUAAAACUUUGCAUACAAGACCAGCGAGUUCAGUUUCAAGACAUGAGAAUGUGUCGGGUUUUAACACAACCAGGGUGAGGGCUGUCAGAGAAUCACUAUGAUUAAUAAAGAGAAAUGAUGUUUGCCGUUGCUUGAAAAUGUCUUGCAUUUUUACAUGCGCUUAAUUUAUGAGUGAUAAAACAUUUUAAGCUUUCAAGUGAUUAAUAUUUAUGUUUCAAAACCAAAAAUUAUUAGUUAAAAUUAUUAUUAUAAUAAAUUGGUAUUAAUAGGGAAAGGGAAACUGAUGUUUUGGGAUGCUAUUUUGUCAUUGUCAAACAAACAAGUAUUCAGUCAUGUUGAACUGUAGUGCUGUACAGUAAAUGUCAGUAAUAAGUUCAAUGUUCAUAAAGACUCAGAAUCCCUUAAUAAAACUGAAUGAUCUCACCUUUAGUUUAUUUAUGUUUCCUAAACGUUUCGGAUUCACUGUUGAUGUGAACCUGGUUGUUUGCCCUUCAUAAUCCUUCAUGAGUAGAGAGAGAGAAAACAAGUUAUCUGAAUUUUCCUGUUGCUUUCUUGGCUUUAUUUAAUUGAUUCAAUUCGUAAUGGUUCAUGUUGACUUUCAGUGAAUUGUUUGUCUCAGACAGAACAUUCUUACCUGAAAUAUUACACUUUUAACAUGCAGAAGAGCCUCGUUCAUUUACUGUCCUGAAUAUAACGGUUAUCAGUGGGUUGCAGUAUUUUCUCAUUGUAGCCAAUUUCUUGUACAGUUUUAUGCAAAUUUCACAUGGAUGUUUAUGACUAUCUGCUGCCACAAACGGUUUAGAAUUUCUGUAGAUAGAAAUUACUGUGCAAUGGAAAAUAAAAACUAUUUAAAAAUC